AUGGAGCAACUGACAACCCUUCCACAGCUUGGAGACCCUGGAGCCAUGGAGCCGUGGACACUGCCUGCCUGGCAGUGCUGGACUCAGGGCCAGGGGUGCGAACCUGGAGAUGCAACUCCAAGCAUUGCUGCUACAACGACCGUUCUGCAGGCUAGAGGACUGAGGUCUGAAGAGAAUUCUGAGCCUGAGGGAGCCCGUAGUCCUGGGCCUAUUGGGAAUACUGACCCUGAAGGAACAGAGACAGGGCUGCCCAAGCCAGGACAGCAAACAGAGAGCCCUGGGUACAGCGGCCCCAGGCUAGAGGAUGAGGAGGCACAGGCUUAUAAGGCCAAGCCGAACGUGGGCUUCGGGGUCAGGUCCAAUCUGGAGCUGCUGAGGGCCCUAGGCGAGCUGCAGCAGCGCUGUACCAUCCUCAAGGAGGAAAAUCAGAUGCUGAGAAAAAGCAGCUUCCCAGAGACGGAGGAGAAGGUACGGAGGCUAAAGCGGAAGAACGCGGAGCUGGCGGUCAUUGCCAAGCGCCUGGAGGAGAGGGCCCAGAAGCUGCAGGAAACGAACAUGAGGGUGGUGAGUGCCCCUGUGCCCCGACCUGGAUCCAGUUUGGAGUUGUGUCGUAAGGCCCUAGCCCGCCAGCGAGCCCGGGACCUCAGUGAGACAGCCAGUGCACUACUGGCCAAGGACAAACAGAUUGCAGCCUUGCAGCGGGAGUGCAGGGAGCUGCAAGCCAGACUUACUCUGGUGGGCAAGGAAGGUCCCCAGUGGCUGCAUGUGCGGGACUUCGACCGAUUGCUGCGCGAGUCCCAACGGGAGGUGCUGCGGCUGCAGAGGCAGAUCGCCCUGCGCAAUCAGCGGGAGCCGCUUCGGCCAGCCCGGCCCCAGGGUCCCACUGCCCUCUCCAGAGUAGGGGCACCGGCCCCCGGGGCCCCGGGAGAGGCCAUACUCCAGGAUGAUGUGGACAGCCCACAGGUGGUCCUAGGGGAACCAGAGAAGCAGCAAAGGGUGCAGCAGCUGGAGUCUGAGCUCUGCAAGAAGCGAAAGAAAUGCGAGAGCCUGGAGCAGGAAGCCCGGAAAAAGCAGAGGCGAUGUGAGGAACUGGAACUACAGCUGAGAGCAGCCCAGAACGAGAAUGCCCGCCUGGUGGAAGAGAACUCUCGGCUCAGUGGGAGAGCCACGGAGAAGGAGCAGGUGGAGUGGGAGAAUGCGGAGCUGAAGGGACAGCUUCUGGGAGUGAAGCAGGAGCGGGACUCAGCCCUUCGCAGAAGCCAGGGCCUGCAAAGCAAGCUGGAGAGCCUGGAGCAGGUGCUGAAGCACAUGCGGGAGGUGGCCCAGCGGCGGCAACAGCUGGAGGUGGAGCAUGAGCAGGCUCGGCUCAGCCUGCAGGAGAAGCAGGAGGAGGUCCGGAGGCUGCAGCAGGCACAGGCAGAAGCCAAGCGGGAACAUGAAGGAGCUGUGCAGUUGCUGGAGUCUACGCUGGAUUCCAUGCAGGCCCGGGUUCGAGAGCUUGAGGGGCAGUGUCGCAGCCAAACUGAGCGCUUCAGCCUUCUGGCACAGGAGCUCCAGGCUUUCCGUCUGCACCCAGGGCCCCUGGAUCUGCUUACUUCUGCCCUGGGCUGUAGUGCCCUUGGGGACCAUCCGCCACCCCACUGCUGCUGCUCUACCCCUCAGCCCUGCCAGGGGUCCGGCCCCAAAGAACUUGACCUCCCGCCGGGCUCCCCAGGACGCUGUACCCCCAAAUCUUCUGAGCCUGCUCUUGCUACCCUUGCUGGGGUCCCUCGAAGGCCGGCUAAGAAGGUGGAGUCUCUUUCCAACUCUUCCCGCUCAGAGUCCGUCCACAACAGCCCCAAGUCGUGUCCCACGCCAGAGGUGGACACAGCCAGUGAGGUGGAGGAGUUGGAGGUAGACAGUGUCUCCCUGCUGCCAGCGGCUUCAGAGGGCAACUCGGGAGGAGCCAGGAUCCAGGUCUUUCUAGCACGUUAUAGCUACAACCCCCUUGAGGGUCCCAAUGAGAAUCCGGAGGCUGAGCUUCCCCUGACAGCUGGCGAGUAUAUCUACAUCUAUGGCGACAUGGAUGAGGAUGGUUUCUUUGAAGGGGAGCUCAUGGAUGGCCGAAGGGGCCUGGUCCCCUCCAAUUUUGUAGAGCGUGUGUCUGAUGACGACCUCCUGACCUCCCUCCCUCGGGAGCUGGCUGAUAUGUCGCACAGCUCGGGCCCUGAACUCAGUUUCCUGAGUGGAGGUGGGGGUGGCUGCAGUAGUGGGGGCCAGAGCAGCGGGGGACGUAGCCAGCCCAGACCAGAGGAGGAGGCUGCAGGAGAUGAGCUCAGUCUGAGCCCCCCACCAGAGGGACUGGGCGAGCCCCUGGCUGUGCCUUACCCCCGCCGUCUCGUGCUCCUCAAGCAGUUAGCCCACAGUGUGGUGCUGGCCUGGGAGUUGCCUCCUGAGAGAAUAGAUCUACGUGGCUUCCAUGUCUUUGUCAAUGGGGAACUUCGUCAAGCCUUGGGGCCCGGGGUGCCCCCCAAGGCUGUGCUUGAAAAUAUGGACCUGCGAACUGGGCCCCACCAUGUGUCUGUUCAGGCCCUAACCAGCAGAGGCAACUCAGAUCCUCUGCGCUGUUGCCUGGCUGUGGGUGCCAGGGCUGGGGUGGUACCCAGCCAGCUACGGGUCCAUCGGCUGACAGCUACAUCUGCUGAGAUCACCUGGGUACCAGGGAACAGCAACUUGGCCCAUGCCAUCUACCUCAAUGGAGAAGAGUGUACACCUGCUCGCCCCAGUACCUACUGGGCAACCUUUUGUCACCUGCGGCCUGGCACACUCUAUCAAGCCCGAGUAGAGGCUCAGAUCCCAUCUCAGGGGCCUUGGGAACCAGGCUGGGAGAGACCGGAGCAGCGAGCUGCCACUUUGCAGUUCACCACACUUCCAGCAGGUCUACCUGAUGCCCCGUUGGAUGUGCAAGUUGAACCAGGGCCCUCUCCUGGAAUCUUGAUGAUCAGCUGGCUCCCUGUCACCAUUGAUGCUGCUGGUACCUCCAAUGGUGUCCGGGUCACAGGCUACACCAUCUAUGCUGAUGGGCAGAAGAUUAUGGAGGUGGCUUCCCCCACAGCAGGCAGUGUGCUGGUGGAGGUGUCCCAGCUGCAGCUGCUGCAGGCCUGCCAUGAGGUGACUGUGCGAACUAUGUCACCCCAUGGCGAGUCCACUGACUCCAUCCCAGCCCCUGUUGCCCCAGCCUUGGCUCCUGCCUGCCAGCCAGCCAGGAUGUCCUGCCUCUCACCACGACCAAGCCCAGAGGCCAGAACAGCCCUUGCUUCAGUCUCCCCAGGGCUUGGGGAUCCCAGCUUUCCCCUCCGGCAUCCUGCCCCUCAUGGAUCUCAAGAUUCCCCUGCAUGCCUUCCCAUGGAGACAUCCAAAGGAUCCCAGGAGGAACCUCCAGUCUCUUGCGGUCAGGAAGAGUCUGGGACAACUGUGCCGGGCACCUCAGAGGAGAAGAGGGCUAUCGAGCCAACCCUGGGCCAGGAAGGCCCUGACCCUGUGACUCCCUCCCUGGCUAAGCAGCAAGUAGAGUGGACUUCAGGAGAGACUGGUUCCACGCCUUGCUCCACCCAAGGAGAGCUGAUCCAGAAGGCGCCGAGUACUGAGGCCUGCCAUGGAGGAGAUCUGUGCUCGGGGAUGAAACACAGAACCGAGAAAGAAGAUACGUCAGAGCUUGGAGUUCGCCUGGUGAAUUCCCUUGUAGAUCACGGCCGCAACUCAGACUUAUCGGACAUCCAGGAGGAAGAGGAGGAAGAAGAGGAACAGGAACUGAGUUCCAGGCCUUGUUCCCCCCAGAAGCAGGUUGCUGGCAACAGCAUCAGGGAGAAUGGAGCCAAGCCCCAGCCCGACCCCCUUUGUGAGACUGACAGCGACGAGGAGAUCUUGGAGCAGAUCUUGGAGCUGCCCCUCCAGCAGCUCUGCCGCAAGAAGCUGUUCAGCAUCCCCGAGGAGGAAGAAGAGGAGGAGGAGGAAGGGCAGGAGAAGCCAGACCCUAGCCAGCCUGAACUUGCAUUGCUAGGGCUGGACUGUGACAAAAGUCAGCCCCAGGGACCUGGCUUGUGUCCCUUGUCUUCUGAGCCCUCUGGGGCCAGGGAGUACCUGGAGGAUGUGCUGGGAGUAGCUGGUGGAAAUGGCCGGAGGAGAGGAGGUGGCUCCCCUGAGAAGCCCGCAAACCGCAAGCGACCUCAGGAUCCCCGAGAACAUUGCAGCCGACUUCUUGGCAAUGGCGGGCCCCAGACCACUGCACGGCCAGGGCCCCCACGGGAGAGGGGCAGCCUCCCUGUGAUUGAGGGCAUCAGGGUUGGACAGGAGGCUGGUGGGAGAGGGCGGCCGGGUCUUUCCCGGAGGUGUCCCCGUGGCCCUGCUCCAGAAUCCAGCUUGGUCAGCUGCCUCUCUCCAAAGUGUUUGGAGAUUAGCAUUGAGUAUGAUUCUGAGGAUGAGCAGGAGGCGGGCAGCGGGGGUAUCAGCAUCACCAGCUCCUGCUACCCCACAGAUGGGGAGCCCUGGGGCACAGCAGCCAUAGGAAGGUCAAGGGGACCUCUGAAGGUCAAUUCAGGGUCCAACCCCUACGUGCGCCUCCCAGCCUGGGAGAAAGGGGAACCAGAGCGGAGAGGCCGCUGUGCGACCAGCAGAACCAAGGAGCCACCCUCCCGGGCAACAGAAACUGGGGAGUCCAGAGGGCAGGACAACUCUGGGCGGAGAGGACCUCAGAGGAGAGGAGCCCGGGUGCCUAGGCCUGGAACCACUGAGUUGGCACCUCCAAGGAGCCCUCCUGAAGCACCAGCUCAUCAGAACUUACCUGUGAGGGUCUUUGUGGCUCUGUUUGACUAUGACCCUGUUUCAAUGUCACCCAACCCUGACGCUGGAGAAGAGGAACUGCCCUUCAAGGAGGGCCAGAUCCUCAAGGUGUUUGGAGACAAAGACUCGGAUGGUUUCUACCGGGGUGAAGGUGGGGGCCGCACAGGUUACAUCCCCUGCAACAUGGUGGCUGAGGUGGCUGUGGACAGUCCAGCAGGGAGACAGCAGCUGCUCCAGCGGGGUUUCUUGCCCCCAGAUGUUCUCCCUGAGGGCUCGGGGAAUGGUCCCUCUAUAUAUUCCUCAGCCCAUAUGACUGGGCCUCCCCCCAAGCCUCGCCGGUCUAAGAAAGUGGAGCUGGAAGGUCUCCAGCCUUGUCCAGGUCCUCCUAGGCUGGUCCAUUCUGCUGUUCUGAAAACCUCCCGACCUAUGGUGGCUGCAUUCGAUUAUAACCCCAAGGAGAACUCCCCCAACAUGGAUGUGGAGGCAGAGCUGCCCUUCAGGGCAGGAGAUGUCAUUACUGUGUUUGGGAAUAUGGAUGAUGAUGGCUUCUACUAUGGGGAACUGAAUGGACAAAGGGGCCUGGUUCCAUCCAACUUCCUGGAGGGCCUCGCGCCUGAGGCAGGUGGCCUGGAGUCUGGGACAUCCCAAGCUGAGAGUCAGAGAACGAGGAGGAGAAGAGUCCAGUGCUAG